GAGUCAGCGAGCUGACAACAGGCUCACUACGUGGUGCACAGCCACAGGGCGUUUCUCUUUUCAUGCACAGAAGACAGAAAGAGAGAGGAAAGAAGGAAUAAACAAAGUCAGCAUUUCUUUGAGAAAAAAAAUAAAUAAACGGACCAGGAACAUUUGUCAUAGCGUAAGGCAUCUCCGUCACCAUCCUCGCACGUAGUACGUUUCUUCCACGUAAAAUCACGCUCGAGGGUUCGUUCGUUCCCCAGGUCGACUACGGAUUUUGUCGGAUCUACCCCGUGUACAGUCAGCGACCCCUUUCACGAGCAUGUCCCUAUGAGUGUGUUCCAAAACGGUCAGGACAGGUGAGGAGGUCUUAGCUCGGGUCUGAGGAGAGUCUCCAGCAUCCUUCACACCCUGAUGCGCAGCUGCGGGCGGGUGGGAGACCCACACCCGUUCAACACUCGCUACCUGUCGCAGAAAUCCCUCUCUGCUCGCGGUGGGUGCAGGCGCGCGGUGGUCGUUGGUGCGUCUCUGCCAACCCAGGAGUGACGUCACUGUGUGCGCCACUGACGGAGAAAGGGUGCGCACGCGCGAGGGGGGUAGGUGCGUGCGUGCGUGUUAUCGCACACAGACUACCGCGAUCCCUACUCGCGUCGUGAACGUGGCUUCGCUCUUUGACUAGUGCCGUAACCACACUUUGGCCGGCGCUUCCGUGUGGAGUGUGUAACCCUGCACAGCGGAUCGUCCAUUGUUCUGACGAAAAGAGGAAAAGAAAGGAAGGGCUGACGAAAGAGCAUAGAGACAAAGGAGAGUUAGAAAAGAGAAGUGGAAAAAAACUUAUUCUGAGUCAGCCUUCAGAGAAAACCCGAGCAGCCAGGUCAGCAACAGGAUUCGGUGUGUGUGUCCGUCUGUAGGUGUGUGUUCGCGAAAUUAAGAGAUGUGACGCAAGGAGGCUACAGUGGACCACUCACUCUACACUACGAUAUAAAGUCCUGUCUCCCAACUUUGUGUUUAUUCUGCAGUCAGGCCUGCACAGUGAAGGUGAUGCUGAGGAACUGUCGCCAGACUUGUCAAUAGUAUCGACACUUGAAUAACUUAACGAGGGUUUACUAUACCACCAUCAUCACUUAGUCCCAGCCUGAAGAUUAAGCUUUGAUUCUCAUCCCUGGAGCGACUGAAAAGAAAAGGAAAUCUUGCAAUACAUCGUCGGUGAUAGUGUAUCAAGAAGCCGAGUGAUUUUACAACUUGUUAGUCAGGUGAGACGAAGGCCAAGAAGUGUAACUUCUCGUCGAAAGGUGUGUCUUGUGAACUUCUGACUUUCCACUCUUUGUUGCUCUGAUAGGACAAAAGAAAUAAAAGAGCAGAGAAUACUUAAGUACGUCACCAGACGUCAUCCACCCGCACAAUACAAACCCUCCCCACAACCCUGCCCAACCCUCCGCUAGGCCCGGGAAAAGUUUUCAUUCAAAGCUUUUGUGUUGUUGGUGGCUCGGCAGGUUGAGCCACUCUCAGGUGUGUCUCACCGGACUUGUGCACAUCGUCGUACGCCAGGUAACCCACACCUCACUUCACCGACGGGUCACCAUGACAUGGCUGUGGGAUUUCUUCCGGGUACUCGUCGUGCUUGGACUUGGAGGGAUCACGCACCCGGGAUGGAGGGAGCUAUUCGCUCAUGCGCAGCUGGUACCCUACCGGACAUCCAACGACCGCUACUUGGACCCCUGCAAAGCCACCGCCUUCUACGAGGACAUCGCCCUAGAUGAUGAGGACUACAAGGCAGUGAAGAGAAUUUUGCGCCAGUCCAAUACCUCGGACUUCGAGAUGCAGGUGGAGGACCCCGGCAUCCACACCCGGGGUCCCAGCAAGGGAGGGCAGGCCGCCGAGGUGAGGGACUCGCAGCGCAAGCAGAUCCUGAAGGACAAGCGCAUGUUGAAGCAGUUCCUGCAGGAGAAGAAGAAAGAGUUGCGCUCCAAGUGCACCAACAUAGACAAGAAGCAAUGUCGGGAGAACAAGCGAAUGCUGAGGGACGAGAUCAGCGAGCUGAGAAAGAAGUGGGACAAGAUUCGAGCGGAGCUGAAAAGCAUGAAGGAGAAGGAGCUGACUGGCAGGCAGAGGUUAGCUCGCAGCUUCUACAAAGGCAAGGGUGGCAAGAUCACGAAGAACAGCGUGCCCAGUAACAAGGUCAACGACUCCGAGGUUGAAGGCGAGGCUCACAAGCAUGAAGAUGACCUCAAGAUGCCGUGGGAGAAGCUGGAGGACAAGGAGGAGAUCCAGAUCGACGAAGUCUCAUCGAUGGCCAACUCCAGGGGCAAGAGGGCCGCGACUGCCCGCAAGGACCGGCUAUGGGACUAUGGCAUCAUUCCGUACGACAUAGAGGCCAACUUCACAGGAGCCAACAAGGCCAUGUUCAAGCUGGCCAUGCGGCACUGGGAAAACCAUACUUGCGUCACCUUUGUGGAGCGUAAACCGGAUGACGAGAACUACAUUUUGUUUACCGAGCGUUCCUGUGGGUGUUGCUCCUUUGUGGGUAAACGAGGCAACGGUGCCCAGGCCAUCUCCAUCGGCAAAAAUUGCGACAAGUUCGGCAUCGUGGUGCACGAGCUAGGUCACGUGAUUGGCUUCUGGCACGAGCACACUCGCCCCGACCGUGAUGAGCACGUGCAGAUCAUCUACAAGAAUAUUAUGCCCGGCCAAGAAUACAACUUCAACAAACUGACGGCCACCGACGUCAACUCGCUGGGCGAGGUCUACGACUACGGCAGCAUCAUGCACUACGCUCGCAACACCUUCGCCCGCAACAACUACCUCGACACCAUCCUGCCCCGCCGAAAGCCCGGGAUGGUGGUCAGGCCGGAGAUCGGUCAACGUGUCAAGCUCAGUCCUGGGGACAUCCGCCAGGCCAACAAGCUGUACAGAUGUCCGAAGUGUGGCCGAACUCUGCAGGACUCCAGCGGCAAAUUUUCCCAACAGGCCAGCGUCGGCAAAGAAGAGCUGUGUCAGUGGCGAAUAUCGGCUACCCAUGGCGAGAAGAUCGUCCUGAACAUCACGGAGCUGGACAUCCCCAAGUCCUACAACUGCGAGAUGGACUACCUGGAGGUUCGCGAUGGCUACUACAUCAAGUCCCCGCUUCUCGGUCGGUUUUGUGGCAACAAACUGCCAGAAACGCUCAUUUCCUCGGACACGCGCAUGUGGAUCGAGUACAGGACAUCACGUGGAGGCGGCAAGGGCUUCUUCGCGGAGUACGAAGCUAUCUGCGGGGGCGAGAUCAACAAAGACCAGGGCUUCCUGACGUCACCCAACUACCCGGAUGACUACCGACCCAACAAGGACUGCAUUUGGAAGAUAUCUGUUGAAGAGGGCUACUCCGUGGCGUUGAAGUUCCAGUCCUUUGAGAUUGAGAACCACGACAACUGUGUCUACGACUACCUGGAAGUCAGGGAUGGCAGUGAGGAGUCGUCUCCCCUGCUGGGGCGUUACUGUGGUUACAAGAUUCCAGAUGACAUCAAGUCGAGCGGCAACAAACUCUACGUGAAGUUCGUGUCAGACGGAUCCGUACAGAAGGCUGGCUUCGCUGCCAAGUUCGUCAAAGAGUUCGACGAGUGCACGGUAUCCAACCAUGGCUGUGACCACAUCUGCGUCAACACCCUGGGUAGCUACAAGUGCGAAUGCCGCAUCGGCUACGAGCUUCACUCCGACGGCAAGCGAUGUGAAGACGCCUGCGGGGGCUACAUCGACGAGGAGGAGGGCAUCCUGCAGAGUCCGUCCUUUCCGGACCUGUACCCUCCAAACAAGAACUGUGUUUGGCAGAUCGUGGCCCGGGACCAGUACAAGAUCACCAUCAACUUCACUCACUUCGACCUAGAGGGCCACAAUCAAGACUGUGAGUACGAUUCUGUCCGCCUGAGUAGUGGGGUGGGAGAAGACCAGAAGCUGCACGGAGUCUUCUGUGGCGCCACCUUCCCGGCGCCUGUGACGUCAGAGGGCAACACGCUGAGGAUCGAGUUCAACUCGGACAACUCUGUCCAGAAGACGGGCUUCGUAGCGGAGUUCAGAACAGAUAAGGACGAGUGUGCUAUAAACAACGGCGGGUGUCAGCACGUGUGCAGGAACACUGUGGGCAGUUAUCAGUGCGCCUGCUAUAACGGCUUCACCCUUCACGAAAACAACCACGACUGCAAAGAAGGUGGCUGCCAGUACGAGAUCAACAAGCCGGAGGGGAUCAUCACCAGCCCCAACUGGCCCAACUUCUACCCCGCUCGCAAGGACUGUGUGUGGCACUUCACCACCAAGCCCGGCCACCGCAUCAAGCUGACCUUCCGCGAGUUCGGUCUUGAACCCCACCAGGAAUGCACCUACGAUCACGUGGUCUUGUUCGACGGCGACGACAACAACGCCCGCAGUCUCGGGCUCUUCUGCGGAGGGGCGACCCCUGACCCCAUAACCUCUAGUGGCAACAGCAUGUACAUGGUCUUCUACUCCGACGCGUCCGUGCAGCGCAAAGGCUUUGAAGCAGAGUACGAAUCCGUCUGCGGUGGCCACCUCGUAGCGACAGCCACACCACAGAUGAUCUACUCUCACGCCAAGUACGGCGACCUCAACUACGACAACCGCGCCGACUGCGAGUGGCGCCUGCAGGCCGACACCGGCUUCCGCAUCCAACUUAAGUUCAGGGCCUUUGAACUCGAGGACGAACACGAGUGCGCGUACGAUGCCGUGUCGGUGUAUGAUGGACAGAGCGAGACGGAUCCUCUUAUCGGAACAUACUGCGGCAGUGAGAUUCCCCCUGACAUCGUGUCCAACGGUGAGUACCUGACGAUCCACUUCCGGACGGACGACAGCAUCCACUGGAAGGGUUUCUACGCCACUUAUGUCCUGACAGAGGCUCCAGCUCAGUUCCAGAACAAGCUCUUUGAAAUCGAAGACCUUUUCAAAGCCUGAGCAGAUGAUCCUCCACCCGUUGCAGGUGGAAAUGUGUGAUCCCGACGGGUUUUUGACUCUUGACUCCAGCAAUUCAGCGUGAAGCGUACAUGAAGUUGACUAGACGAGGGAUAGCAGGGGGAUAUCUUUGACAGUUAGAAAGACCAUUAAAGGCCGUGUCCGAACCGCCCUCUCGCUCUCAGCAAAGAUAUUCAGUGUUUAGUUGUGACAGAAGAGCUAGGACAGGCUGUCAUGUAAACCUGCCUGUAACCUGAACUGAAAAAUAGUUGUGAAGAAAGAAAAACCUAAACAGGCUGCUAGCCUAUCUGAACCACCUUCUGUGCGUCCGUGACGGUGCCAGACAGUUCGCGUUCUACCCUGGACGCCAUUUGGGACUCGAUUCGCCAGCAAUACACUUCACCUUUGAACUUGUUUCAUUAACAUCUUUACUUCGCCGUCCAGUGUCAUCAAGGACAAAAACUCUGAAGGUGGAGGUCAGUCACGUGAUAGGCCCGUCUCAUUGUUUCUGAUUUGUGCUCAGCAUCCAACUUGUGUUUCUUGUGUGAUCUGUGAUUGUUACGUCCUGUGUCAUUGGAUUACUGCGUCGUUUGACUCUCGAGCAUGCAAAGAGCAAAAGUGCAACAUCCCUGUCCUUUAACCUCCUGUGUUUCGGGACUAAUAAGUUUCUAAAAAAAAAAUGAUAGAAAAAUAACAAAAGUAAGCCAACUUUUGACAAUGAUGAAGAUCGACAUUGCAAACAAGUAUGGCGUCUGUUUUAUAGAAGAUGAAACGGCUGCAAUAGCGUAGAUGAUACUGAUUGGUCACUCGACAAGACAGUGGCUUGACACUCUCGUCUUCUCUCGCUCUCCAUGGCAACCGUUUCAUGGCAUCACCUGACGACGCGAUGCUUACUGUGCUAUUACCACGCACGUCGAGGUGCGAUGUUAUAGAAGCUACUGAGCAUGAAGCGCACGUGUGAACAACGAAGUCUGCAGGCACGACACCUAGUGAUGCCGAUGCAAGUGGCUGGCGAAUGUUGUGUUCAACUUCCAAAAAAAAAAAAAAAAAAAAAAAAGAACGCAAAAAAAAAAAAAUAAAGAAAAAAAUACAACAACAAUUUCUGUCCGUUCCUAGAACGGUCCGUGUCUUGUGAGCUUGUAACCCUGCUCAAUCUCGCAAUAAUGGGGUUGGGGGUUCGAGGAUGGGGUGAAGAAGGAAUCAGGAACCAAGGAAACGCAUUUUUAACAAAAAAUAAAGUUCAUAGUGACUUAAAGACAUGUUUAACUGGCAUUUUGUGACUAACGUGUUGUUGAUGGGUAUUUUUUCUGUUACGCAGUUUUGAACACUUAGCUUAUCUCUACACAAUUUUCUAGAAAAAAAUGUUAAUGAUACCUUUAUGUUUUCAUUGACAUGUUUGGUGUUAAUAGUGUUUUCCCAAGAUUGUUUCUAAUUGUUGUUGUUUUGUUUUGCUGUACUCGAGGUCGAACCGUUGUUAUUUACUGUUAGGCCCUUUGUGUCGACAUAUUGCUGCUCGCCCAAUGAAACUUGUCGAAACCUUGCAUUUGUAAACGACACAUAAGCACAUGUGCUUAUCACACUUGGUCAGUAGCUCACCGUAAAUUAAGAAGCGUUUUUCUGUUACUAUCUUAAACGUAAACUGUUUCAUUAAAAUUUGAUUUAAAACUCAA